AAACACCACACCACACCUGUGCGACUCGAAGAAAAGCAGUCCAACCAGCCAAUAAACCCCCUUUAAAGCAGUUUAUUCAAAUGCUGUGAAGGAAAAGUUUCCCAUUAACACGAAAAGUGAACACGAAAAAGUCAGUACUGCUGAAGCGGCAUGCAAUUGAAGAAGUUUAAAUCAGAGUCGAAGUGUAAACAACUAAAUGGUAAACCACAACCCAACCCAACAUUGACAUUCCGAGCACAGAACCGCCACCACAUGCUGCUGGGCACAUUUUAGCCAAGAGAAUUGAACGUCUAGAAGAGACCAGUCUGGACAAGAGCAGAGAGACGAGGGCAGAGCGUAGUGGGCUGCAGAGAGCGGAAAAGCCAAACAAAACGAAAUAUCCCAAACAAAACGAGGCAAUACAAAAGAAGCCGCGAAAAUGAAUCAAACGCAAGUGAAUAAUUUUCUGAAAUGCUUCCUGCAAAUUGAUGGCAGCAACAGCCACUGGACGGCGCGUCACGACGAGGAUGGGGAGGCUGAUCACGAUCACGAGCACGAGCACGACGAGGAGCACGAUCACGAGCACGACGAUGACACGAGUGGAGUGCUCAUAGCCAAGGUGACCGCGAUGGUGGUGCUGUGCUUUGCCAGCACCAUCUGCGGAUCCAUACCCUUCCUGCUCAAUCGCUGCUACCGCUGGACGGAGAACCAGACGAAUGCCCGAUCGGCGAUAGUGGUCAAGUGCCUCCUGUACUUUGGCGGAGGAGUCCUGCUGGCCACCACCUUCCUUCACCUGUUGCCAGAAGUCCAGGAGGUGGUGGAGGAACUUCAGGAGUGCGGCGUCAUCGGGGAGCUCACCUUCCCGCUGGCGGAGCUUCUCAUGUGCUGCGGCUUCUUCCUGAUGUACUUCAUCGAGGAGGCCAUGCACACGUAUGUGGACAGGCACCAGCAGGAUCCUGCCGGAGCGGCCUUCGAGCGGGGACACAGCAUCCGCAACAGCCAUCUGCUCAAGGCAAAUGAGCCCAGUGCUCCGCCAGCAAAUGGAGGCAGCAAUGCGACAUCCGAGAUGGGAACCCUCUCCGUGCAGAAUCUUCUGCAGAACGAUCUCGAGCAGCAGAAGUUUGGGGCCAAACAGCAGCAGGCCCUCCCCCAUGACAGCCACAUGCACCACCAUGGCCACAGCCAUGGCCACGGGCACGGACACAGCCACCUGCCUGUCGUAAUGGACGAUGCCUCCUCGGCGGACAUGCUGACAUCCUCCCUGCGCGGACUCUUCAUCGUCUCCGCCUUGUCCCUUCACGAACUCUUCGAGGGCAUGGCCAUUGGCCUGGAGAGCUCCGCCAGCUCCGUGUGGUUCAUGUUCGGAGCCGUGUCCGCCCACAAACUGGUGCUGGCCUUCUGUGUGGGCGUGGAGCUGAUUGUGGCCCGCACUCGCUUCACCCUCGCCAUCCUGUACGUGCUGACAUUCGCCGUUGUCAGUCCCCUGGGCAUUGGCAUUGGUAUCUUGAUCAGCAAUGGCCAGGGGACGGGUCCCAAUCUGGCGUCGGCCAUUCUGCAGGGUUUUGCCUGCGGCACCCUCAUCUAUGUGGUGUUCUUCGAGAUCCUGUCGAAGAACCGGUCCGGACUGCGCGCCUACCUGGCCCUAUUUGUGGGCUUCCUCGUCAUGUUCGGCCUCCAGCAGAUCAGCGCCAGUGGAGGACACGGCCACAGCCAUAGCCACAGCAGCUGCUCGGCCAGCACAGAUGAUCACCAAGAGACUGAGACCAGGUCGGGCUCGGGAGGUCACUCACAUGACCACGAGCACGACCAUGAUCACGCCCACGCCCACCUGCCCCCACAUCACAACCAUGCCGAGGAGCUGGCCGCUGUCCACAAUUACGAGCAGCAGCUGCAGGUCCUGCGGCAGGUGACCCAAAAACUUCUUGAAGGAGCACACCCCAAGAAGGACGUUUAGGGCAUAAGCUGCAUAGCAGUAUGUUUAUAUAUUUAUAAUUUUUGUAUAUUUAUGUAGAAAAUAAAGAGUACAUAAGUAAAAAUA